GCCGUCCAAUCAGGGCUCUUCUAUUGUGCCACGUGUUCGCUGACGUCACAGAGAAAAAUGUCUUCCUCUUACCAAGCUGUCCGCUGCUAUUAAGGUUUACGUGAGGAAUAAACAAACCCGAAUGGUGGCCGGCGCUACUGUCAUUUUGAACGAUGAAGUUGAGACGUGUUGUGAUUCUUCACGGCGUCCAACUCGUCACCACAUUUUAAAAAGAUAGCAAUCACCCCAGCUGCGGUGACAGCUGACUAGCAGCAACCAUGGCUUCCGUGUGACAAGGAGAAGGUUUGCCGCCCACAUUUCAUCCCUGGUUAGUGACCUCGGCCGUGGACGUUAAUGGAUGCUCUGUCACUUCUGGGACUUUAACGCACCUUUGGGCCAUUCAGGAAACAGGUGCAGUUAUCCUCAUCAUCCCUCAAACUGGAAUUAAUUGGAUACAUUUAUUUUUUAUUUUUUUUGUACUUUCAACCUCAAGUUUCAGCUGGAUAAACAAAUCCAAGAUUUCUGAUCUUCAACUCGAAAAGAGCACUGAUAAUUUUUGCUUCAACGAAUAUUUAUAAAAAUAGCCUUCAAUAUUUCUGUGAUCUAAGUUUUUAUAAUCAUAGUUUUAACCUAAAAUGUAUUAACUUUUUUUUUUUUUAACGAUUGUGACUUGCUGUACUGAAGUGAAAAAACUAUUGAAACUAGAAACUAUUGACUAACAGCAGCACAAUUUCCCCAAUGAAGAAACUUAAGAUGGACAAUUGUUUCUAUUUAUUAUAAUUUUAGUCCUCCUUGGAUUAAAACCUUUUUGGAAUUUCUUGUCCCUCAAAUCAAACUGACAUGGAUACCCCUGGAUUUUAUUGUGUAUUUUGCUUUUUCAAGUCCAACACCAUCAACUGUUGGUUUUUGUCCAUCGCAGACCUGGUGCAGCUCACAGGUCAGGUGCUCUAAAUCAAGCGAUGCCCACACGUAAGAAAACAAAGUUCCCCCAGUGGUGCAUUUACAGACUGUUGUGCCGAAUAUGAACGUUGGACGAAAAACAAGUUCUCUUUUUUAUUUGUCCUCACACAGCAACCGUAGUUGAAUCAAUCUCUAUCCUGUCAAAUACAAAAAAGUACAUUUUGAAAGAACUUCAAGAUUGACUUCAAAGCAAAAGCAACUCACGAAGGAAGGAAAAAUGGACUAGUCAGAAUAAUUCAUGUUUUUUUAACUCUCGUGCUUUGCGCUAACUCCCUUAUUUGACUUAUGUUUGAAGAAACUAUACCGUUUUUUAAAUAUAAUUUGAUCUUAAAUGUCUUUCAAAAUUGAUCAAGUCAGCUUUUUCACUGUAUUUACAGAAAAUUCUAAUUUUCUCUUUUUGGCUUCAGUGAAGGAGGACUACAUUUCCUGAAGUUUAAAGUCCUCUCUGGAAAUGCAUUUUCUAAGUACAUCUCCUUUUUGACAGAAGCAAAUACUUUAAACCUGGAACAACUUUUUUUUUUACAAUGGCUCAGGAUCUACAUGAGGAUUUUUGCAAAAGAUUUCAGCUGACCCCACAUAGACCGUUCCAUCAAUCCAUCAUCCUGACACCAGAAUCCCACAUAGAAUGCCACUAGCGACGUUUGUCUCCAGAAUGGCGAUUCCCUCGGCAUCGCAGCUAAGCUGAGGCCCGAGCGCAUCACUGCGUGCACAGGAAGUGAUGCCAGGUGGCAGUAAUCGAAAUGAAGGGCGGGGUCCAUCCUCCUCUCCCCUGCCCCAUGCUGUGGUCCUAUCCACCAGGCCCUUGCGACCUUCACGGUACAUCCCCGUAUCAGCAGCUACCUUCUUCCUGGUUGGCUCAACCACCCUGUUUUUCUGUUUCACUUGCCCGUGGCUCUCAGAGCGUUUCUCAGCAGCCGUACCCAUUUAUAAUGGCGUCAUCUUCCUCUUUGUCUUGGCUAACUUCUGUAUGGCCACAUUCAUGGACCCAGGCAUCUUUCCAAGAGCUGAGGAGGAUGAGGACAAAGAGGACGACUUUCGCGCCCCUCUUUAUAAAACCGUGCAGAUAAGGGGGAUCCAGGUCAGGAUGAAAUGGUGUUCAACGUGUCGCUUCUACAGGCCGCCACGCUGUUCCCACUGCUCUGUCUGUGACAAUUGUGUGGAGGACUUUGACCAUCACUGUCCAUGGGUCAACAACUGCAUCGGCAGGAGGAACUACAGAUACUUCUUCCUCUUCCUCCUUUCCCUGACGGCCCACAUCAUGGCCGUGUUUGGCUUUGGGCUACUCUUCCUCUUCUAUCAUCACCAGUACAUCAGCCGCCUGCAUGCGAUCGUCACGCUGGCUGUAAUGUGUGUUGCUGGCCUGUUCUUCAUUCCAGUUGCUGGCCUCACUGGUUUUCACAUUGUGCUUGUGGCAAGGGGCAGAACUACUAAUGAGCAGGUCACUGGCAAGUUUAGAGGAGGAGUUAAUCCUUUUACAAAUGGCUGUUGGAAGAACGUCACUCGUGUUCUCUGCAGUUCGCAAGCACCCAGAUAUUUGACCAGAAAGAAGUGUGUGCCGAGAGUGUGUGUCCAGCCUCCAUUUCUUCAGCCACAGCUCUCUGACACUCAGCUCACAGCUAAGAUCCUGGACAAUGGCCUUAGAGGAAAUCUUCAUCGGUCCAAGUCCAGUCUGGAUAUGCAAGAAAGUCAGUCAUGUGACGCUGAGCCGCCACCUCCCAAACCAGAGCUUCACUACCUUGGCAUCACCAGGCGAAACACGCACGAUUACAAUCUAGUAAACAAAGUACCUCCCACCCCCACGAUGUAUAAAUACAGACCCUCCUACAGCCCUGGAAAGAACCACACCCCCCUCACCCACGCGUAUGCAAACCAGUUGAGUCAAAGAGAGCGAGCCAACAGCAGUCGGGACUCUUCCUCCUCCACUUCCUCCCUGGUUCAGGCCAGCCAGCAGCCUGGGUUCCGCUCCCAGCCGAGUCUGGACAGCAGGGACAGCUCGUCUGUCAGAGGAGGCGCUGACAGCGAGAGAAAAGACGGCGUCGAGGGAGGCGCUCCCGCCUACUCUCUGGCCGGCCGCUCCUACCCUUCAUUUCCCGACCCUGCCGUCCUAUCAGGAGUGGUCUCCCAGUCCUCCUGCUCCAUGCACACCUCAGCCGGUGCUGCCCACAUCUCUGAAUCCAACACUACCUCCAGCAGCUUCAAGAGCUUAGCCAAUCACACGCCUCCCCCUCAUCACCCCGCACCUAACGGCAGCCUGUCAUGUGACAGCUUAAUGGCCGCGGGGGAGGUUUGUCCGGCGGGAGGCGGCGGCUACGUGUCGUCCUUCGUGUCUUCACACCGCAGAGAUGUGGACGUGCAUUCUCAGUCUCCUCAACGCCAUCACGCCCUCCUCCAUCGCUCCACCUCCUCCACCUGCUACUCCCCUGAGAGGGAGCGUCAUAUGGCGGACCCUCACAGAAAUGUUCACCCACUUCCUGUCUGUCAAGCGUCUGUCCCUCCUCCUGUGCCACAUCCUCCUCACCACCACCAUCACCACCAUCAUCAUCAUCACCAUUCCUCAUCUCGCUACAUGGCGCCUCACCUGCCCCACCACGCCUUCCCACACCGCACUCGCUCCACAGACACCCCCCCAUCAUCAUCUUCCACAAAUUACCCCUCCCUCUCAUCACACCCGCCGCCUCUCGGCAAGUCCCUGUCUUACUCGAGCGCCGCCGCCGCCGAAAUGCAGUACCGGCUAAUCCGAAAGGCUUCAUCGGCAGCUGGGGCAAAUGCGGCCGGACCAGCGGGAGGAAGCGGAGGGACGAUGGGGGGGGCAUCAGCACCAAAGGUUGAGUUGGACCAAAUCGAACUGCUUAGUUGAAAAUGGCAGUCGGCCAUUUUCUUCUCCUUUCUCUCCCAGUCAACACGUCGCGCGGUGCGGCGGAUCUCCUCUCAGCAAAGGAGUGGUCAGGUAUCACCUGUGACAUUUCUGUCUUGUUUGCAGCGCCAUCUUCAGGGUGUGAAAGGAAACCUGUCAAUCUCAGCUUUCUGAUUGGCUGUUGAUAACCUGUGAAGUGGUGUUUAUGUACACCGUGGACUGAAUAGCACCACACUUGUUUGGGUUUUAGUUUCAAAAAAUGCUCAUUUGAGCCGGCAGGACCCGCAACUGACUUGUUGAUGUGUAUUUGAAUGAGAAGUACGGCACUUUAUUGCUAAAACUACUCUUGUUUGGUUGUUUCUGCCCAACAUUAAUGGUCAAUAUUCACACUCCAGACAAGAACCUUUUUUGCAAUCAUUCAUCGUCAAAAGCCAGUUUGAAAGAAACUAAAUACAUCCCAUAAUAACACAGAGAGAAUAAUUCCACCCAAUCAGUGCCAUUAGCUUGUUGUAACUCUCCAACUUAAAUUAUUUAAUUUUUUUCAACUCUAACUUUGAUAACACAAAACCCAAAAUCAGUGAAAUUGGCACGUUGUGUAAUUCGUAAAUAAAAACAGAAUACAAUGAUUCGAAAAUCCUUUUCAACUUAUAUUCAACUGAAUAGACUGUCCUCUUUGGUCCAGAGGACACAACGUCCACAGUUUCCAAAACAAUUUGAAAUGUUGACUCGUCAGACCACAGAACACGUUUACACUUUACAUCAGUCCAUCUUAGAUGAGCUCGGGCCCAGCGAAGCCUGCUGCGUUUCUGGGUGUUGUUGAUCAAUGGCUUUCGCUUUGCAUAGUAGAGUUUUAACUUGCACUUACAGAUGUCAGGACGAACUGUAGUUACUGACAGUGGUUUUUUGAAGUGUUCCUGAGCCCAUGUGGUGAUAUCCUUUACACACAGAUGUGGGUUUUUGAUGCAGUACCGCCUGAGGGAUCGAAGGUCACGGGCUUAGCCGCUUACAUGCAGUGAUUUCUCCAGAUUCUCUGAACCUUCUGAUGAUAUUACAGACCGUAGAUGGUGAAAUCCCUUAAAGUUCUUGCGAUAGCUGGCUGAGAAAUGUUGUUCUUAAACUAUUGGACAAUUUGAUCACGCAUUUGUUCACAAAGUGGUGACUCUCGCCCCAUCUUUGUUUGUGAAUGACUGAGCAUUUCAUGGAAGCUGCUUUUAUACCCAAUCAUGGCACCCACCUGUUCCCAAUUAGCCUGUUUACCUGUGGGAUGUUCCAAAUAAGUGUUUGAUGAGAAUUCCUCAACUUUCUCAGUCUUUUUUGCCACUUGUGCCAGCUUUUUUGAAACAUGUUGCAGGCAUCAAAUUCUAAAUAAGCUAAUAUUUGCAAACAAUAACGUUUUUCAGUUCAAACAUAAAAUAUCUUGUCUUUGCAGUCUAUUCAAUUGAAUAUAAGUUGAAAAGGAUUAGAAAAUCAUUGUAUUCUGUUUUUUCUACCAUUUACACAACGUGCAAACUUCACUGGUUUUGGCACAAAUCAGGAAACUUUUAUUUUAUUUUGAAAAAAGGUUGACUUAUUUGAGUAAAAGGAGUGAGUUGUUGGCAAAGGCAUGACAUAUAAUAACAUUUAUGCUAACGGCAUGUUGACACUGAGCACAUUAAAGACAUUCAACUAAAAGUUGUAUUUUAAAAAUAAACCUAAAUAGGACUGUUAUUUUAACCCCUCAGUCAUAGUUUACUUAUU